AUGAAGGUGGCCCAGCUUAUUCACAACGAGCUGCAUUGUUGGAAAGCCGAGCUGAUACGCCAAAUGUUUGACAAACCUUCCGCUCAAGCUAUCCUAGCUAUCCCAAUUCCUAUUACAUCCAAUGCAGAUGAGUUAGUUUGGGUGUUGGACUCAAAGGGGGUUUUCUCAGUUAAAUCAGCUUACAUUGCUUCAAACCCUCAGUUCAACUCGCCAGUGAGAUCAACAGUAAAAUGGAAGAAGCUCUGGAGCCUAAAAGCUCCGGAAAGGUUAAAAAUGUUCCUUUGGAGAUUAUGUGUCAAUGCCCUUCCCACCAGAGACAAUCUUUUCAAGCGCAUGAACAGUGUUGACACAUCUUGCGUGCUUUGUAAUGAGUCUGAAGAGAACCCAUGCCACCUUUUCCUUCACUGCCCAUUUGCCAAAGCACUUUGGUUCGCAGCGUGUUGGGGUUUUAAAGCAGAGGAAGUUGCUGUAGUAUCCACUGAAGAUUUUGUAAACAUGGUUCUCAACCCCCCAAAUGUGUUAUGUAACUCCUGGGAGCAAUGGAAGGUCUCUCUAACCAUGGCCUCAACAUUAGAGGAAAUCUGGUACCUUAGAAAUUCUGUUCUGCACUCGAAGUCUCCGCUGGAACUGCAUGUUUCUAUUCAGCGGAUUCAAAGAAGAUGUCAAGAAUACAUGGUUACAUGCCCUUUAUCCCCUUCCCAACCGGUGCCUCAUGAUCCAACACGUUGGGCUCCACCCCCACCUGGUUGCAUUAAACUCAACGUUGAUGCGGCCUUAUCGAGCUCUAAGGCAACUGUAGCAGUUGUUGCAAGGGGUUGUUCUGGCGCCGUCUGUGGUGUUUGGGCCAAAACCAUAUCCCUCCGUUCACCGCUCCAAGCUGAAGCUGAAGCGAUCCUUUGGGCUGUCCAGAUUGCUUUAAAGGAAGGGUGGAGUUAUGUUUCAAUCGAAGGGGACUCUAAGACCUGUAUGGAUUAUCUAUCUCUGCUUAAGACUGAUCUGGAAUGGUCCAUCCGAAUCAUCAUCUCUAACGUGGCUGUGUUAGCAAAGUCUUUGGCUAAUUGUUCUUUUGUUUGGGUUAGAAGGUGUUGUAAUUCUGCAGCACAUGUAGCUGCUAAAUUUGCUUUAUGCUCCUUUUUGUUGUUUCUUUUCUUCAAGGAUUAUCUUCCCCCAGCGAUUUUAGCUGUUUGUAUGGAAGAGUCCAAACUGUGUUCCUAG